GACAGAACCAUCGUCAAUGGCUGGCUAAGUGCACUGGAUAUGCUCAUGCUUUUCGCUGGACUCUUUGCUGCCAUUCUAUCCGCAUUUCUCAUCGAAUCGUCCCGGGACUUGAGGGCCAAAGAUAUAACCGUUCUAUCCGAUCAGAUAGCUCGGCUGCUCUCUAACGUCACUUCAACGGAUGUCGGCUCUGAAGUUGGUGAUUCCGGGGGGCGAUUUCAUCCAUCGACUACCACUAUCGUGGUGAAUCGCUUAUGGUAUUCUUCCCUCGGCAUUACACUCAGUUCUACCGUCAUCUUGAUGCUCGCCAAACAAUGGCUAGAGGAGUACAGGACAUCAGGAAUGAGCCUGAAAUUCUUGAAUGAGGACUCGCUAGAGGGGAUUAAACAUCAAGCAUCUCUUGUGGCGUAUCGGAGCGCAGGGCUGUCACUAUGGAUAGUUCCUGAAAUUAUUGGGGUGCUUCCUAUUGCAUUGCACAUCGCGCUACUUCUCUUCGCAGGUGGACUC